CAAAAAGAGCCCAUUCUUCUUGGUUGGAAGAAAAUGAAAAAAAUCAUAACCUCUUCCACAACACCUCGAUGGAAGCAUGAUAUUUUCUUUAGUUUCUAUGGUAAAGACACUCGUAAGAGUUUUACGGAUCAUCUAUAUGUUGGUUUAAAACGGAAAGGCAUUCUCGUCUUCAAGGAUGACAAAACACUCAAGCGAGGAGAAUUCAUUUCUAAAGAGCUUUUGAAAGCAAUUCGAGAAUCCAUAUACGCAAUCAUCAUUAUUUCGAAAAACUAUGCAUCUUUCAAAUGGUGCCUCAUGGAACUUGCCGCGAUCGUUGAAUGGGCUAAGAAGACGGAGCUCACAAUUUUGCCCAUUUUCUAUCACGUGAAUCCUUCUGAUAUAAGAAAUCUGACAGUGUCUUUUGAAAAAGCUUUCGCUGCCCAUAAAAACAACCCCAAGGUUGGCGUCAAGAAGAUGCAGAAGUGGAAAAAUGCUUUCCGAGAAGUCGGCAAUAUUGCCGGAUGGGUUGUACAUGACAGUUACGAAUCAGCGUUGAUCCAAGAAAUUAGUAGAAAUAUAUCUCGUAAGUUGAAUUGUAGAUUCUCACGUCAUGAUUACGAGAAAUUUGUUGCUAUUAACUCUCGUGUAGAAGAAAUGCUGAACUUAAUGGAUAUGGAAUCAAAUGAUGUUCGCUUCAUAGGAAUUCAUGGGAUGGGUGGCGUUGGUAAAACAACUCUGGCCGAAAUAAUUUAUGAUAGAAUUUCUUGUCAAUUUGAAGGAAGUAGCUUUAUUUCUUGUAUUAGAGAAGAAUCUAGAGCUCGUGGUCUAGCUUCUUUACAAAAACAACUUCUUUCUAUGAUCAUGCAAGAAGAAACACAUAUAUGGGAUCAUCACCAGGGAAUCAAGGUGAUAAGGAGCAUGCUGCGAAAUAAAAAGGUAUCAUCCUUGAUGAUGUGGAUGGUGAAAAACAACUAAUGGCAUUAUCAGGGAGUCCGGAUUGGUUUGGUCCAGGGACUAGGAUGAUUAUAACAUGUAGAGAUAGUCAUCUGUUGAGAACACAUGAAGUGAAUGAUAUCUAUGAGGUUGAGCAGCUUCAAAUUGAUGAAGCAUUGCAACUCUUUAGUUUGUCGGCCUUCAAGAAAACCCAACCUACAGAGAAUUACAAGGAUCUAUCUAUGGAUUUUGUGAAUUAUGCUCAAGGUCUUCCUUUAGCUCUUAAAGUAUUGGGUUCCUUCUUAUUUGGGAGAACGAUAGUUGCCUGGAGAAGUGCUAGGAAUCAACUAGAGGCAAUUCCUAAUAAAGAAAUUAUGAAUAUACUUCAAAUAAGUUUUGAGGGGCUAGAGGAUUUGCAGAAAGAGUUGUUCUUGGAUAUGGCAUGUUUGUUCCAACGACACAGGCUAGAUAACAUGUUUUGCAGACAUUAGAAAGUUUUGGUUAUUAUCCCGGCAUCAACAUUGACGUUCUCGUAGACAAGUCCCUCCUAAUCAUCUCAGAUGGAAUGUUGUUCAUGCAUGAUUUGCUUAAAACAAUGGGCGAGGAAAUGGUUCGUCGCGAAUGUCUUGAAGAACCUGGACGACGCAGUAGACUGUGUCAUCACGAAGAUAUCUUCCAUGUAUUGAAGAAUAAUACGGAAACUGAAGCAAUUGAAGGCAUAGUCCUGGAUUUUUGUCCUGAAACCAAGAAUAGAUUCAAUGCCAAAGCAUUCUCAAAGAUGAGAAAAUUAAGAUAUCUUAAAAUUAUUCCUCGAAUUAGUCAAAUUUAUGGCUCACCAACUAUAGAAUGGCAUGGAGAUCCUUUAAAAUCCAUGCCAACCAAUGAGUUGCGAUUCUUACACUGGUCUGGAUAUCAUUUGAAAACCUUGCCAAGCAGUUUCCAACCAAAAAAUCUCACUGUACUGCGCAUGACUUGCAGCCGCAUCAAACAACUAUGGAAGGGAUUGAUGAUUUUAGAAACUUUGAAGCACUUGAAUCUGAGUUAUUCUAAGAACUUGAUUGAGACACCUGAUUUCACGGGAGCCCCAAAUCUUGAGGUAAUAUUCCUUGCAGGUUGUAAAAGCUUGUAUAAAGUCCACCCAUCCAUUGGAGUUCUCAAACGACUAAAAAUAAUGGUUUUAAGUCAUUGCGGAUGUCUUAGAAGACUUCCAGACCAGUUCUGCUUGGAAUCUCUUGAAUUUAUGAGUCUUACCGAACGUUCAAGACUUGAGAAGUUACCAGAAUUUUUGGGAGAUAUGACAUCACUGAAGGGCUUGGUUUUUACCGAGCCUAUCAAAACAAACUUACCAUCAUCGUUUAAGAGUUUCUCUGGCCUUCGCCAUUUACAUUUAAAAGACUGCAAAAACAUUUCAGUUUUUCCGUGUUUUAUAUGUAGUUUGUCAUAUCUUGAUCGUCUCUGGCUGGAUGGUUGGUCAAGACUAGAGAAAUUUCCAGACCUGAGUAGAUUGGAAUGCCUUACCCAUUUUACGGCACUGGGAACUGCUAUAACGCAAAUACCAUCUGUCAAUCUAAUCCCCAAAAGCAUCCGCUCCUUAAGUCUCGAAGGACGCAAGUGGAUGCCACGUAAAUCAACAACAGAUUCGGCCAUCUUCUUUAAAGACUGCUCUUUGCCAAAACAAAGCUCAGAUGCCACCUAUGAUAUUGGAUCACUUGUAGAAUAUCAGAUGGAAGGAGUAUUUGAGGUAGAAGCAGUGUACAUUGAUUUUGACAGCGAAAGAGAGAAUAUUUUAGACAUGGCAGGUGGAGGUCGUGUUAGGAAUUCAUUCUAUGCCGAUGCGAUAUAUGGGUGGUCGUUGGGAUCUGGAAUCCCGAAGUGGGUACACAAUAAAAGUAAUGGCUCCUCUGUAAAGAUAGAUUUGGAGGGUAAUAUGAAGCUGGGUAUGGGGUGUGCUAUCUUUAUUGUUUGUGAUUAUCAUCAAUUCCAUUCCCCUCAAGGUACUUCAAUUUCUUCGUUAUUCAAAGAAUCCUUUAUUUAUUCUUCACAUGUGGGGUUUACGUUUUGUUUUGAGACGGAUGAAGGUAAUUUAGAAGAUUUUUUUUACUACCUUUUAUUUCCUUCCCUGGACGUCUCUUUAGACGAGCCAAUUGGAUUCUGGGCAUAUAUCCCAGCUCCGCCAUUUUUGGAACGCUGGAAAUCGAAUAAUUUGGAUAAACGGAGCUUCAUUAAGAUGUCAAUUACAGCAGAAAUGGAUUAUUGCCUUUAUCGUAGACCAAUACAAGUAGAAGUGAAAGAACGCGGGAUGCAUUUAGUAUGUCCGGAUGAUGAUAAUUCACAGUCCUAUAAUAGCAUUGCUCCUCAUCUUGGUUUGGGAUCUUCAAAUUUAGAUUUCUAUCGUGGAUUUUAUUAUUCUUUGACGACGACGAAGUGAUCAUACAAUCUUAGAUUGAUUAAAGGAAUCAUGCAUGCAGUCGAUCGACCACCCAAGCUGCUUUUCUUCUUUGUCAUGUUUCUGGUACGUUAUGCAACCUCUGCCCCUCAUCUCAUAUUCGCAUCUCCAAAAAAUUGCAUGCAGUUUAGUCAUUUCUGCUUCUUUAUGUAUUUAAUAUAUAUAAUGAAAAAUAUUAUUAAUGUUACGUGUAUGGAAGUAAUCAGGGAACCUUCGGCUACAUAUUCAUUGAGGAACUGGGAUUCAGUAUCUAGCUGCCUAAACAUUGGAGAAUUCUUCACGAAAUGAUGUGGUCCUCUUUUCUUUUCCUUUUUCCUCAGCAAGUAGUUGAUUCAUUCCAAAACAAAAAUUGUUCCAUAAAAACAAAUAAGGAAGGAAAGCAACUAAAUCACAAAAGUACUAAGAAUACACAUGCAUUAUAAGAAGGUGGGUCUUUCCCACAAUGGAAAUCCAGCAAACCGUUAGGGAUUUUGAUGAGUGAGAUAUUUCCAAACUCUAGGUUGGAAUGAGCCCAUUGGGAAAUGGAAUGCGUGCAUCGAUUCUGAAAUUGA